AUGAAGGAAGAGGCUCUGGUGAACGACCAAGAUGACACUACAGAGAGCACACCGUCGCCGAACCUUGCUGGGCCCGGCAUUUCGUUCCCCCAAAUCAUACCCUCCACAAAUCGCAGUACCAUACAUCCAUUCGACCUCUACUACGCCAACUUUCACGUCGCUCACUCUUGGCUACCCCCAAGAAAGACACUGGACGAACUCUGCGAAGCGCAACCAGAUAAUUUACGUUUCCUUGUUGCCACAGUUACCUACAUCGGGUCUCUAUACUCGGACAUGGUCGACAAUACACUGCUACGAGAGAAGGCUUACCAAAUGUCGCGUGAGACCCUUCCCCCGACAAUCUGGUCAGUCCAAGCACUACUAUGUCUUGCUGUUGCAGCAUUCGGAGAACAGCGUGGUAACCUUGGCAAAAUCAUGUUUAACGAAGCCUGUGUGCUGGCUCUUUGUCUGGGGCUUCAGAAUAAGAAGUUCACCGAUGGGCAAACAGACUCAAUCCUCGCCGAAUCAUGCCGCCGGACAUAUUGGGGAUUAUAUAUACACAAGAUGUUGCUCGGUUUGCGACAAAAUCAGCUUUGGUCAGCACUCUACCCUUCAGUGUCCACUUUAGGUGUAGAGCUCCCAUGCGAAGAUUGGGACUACCAGGCCGGUAAUAUUCCAGUACCAGUGACUCUUGAAGAGUACGAUCGUCUGAAAUCCUUUCACGAGUACUCUUCUUGGGCCUACUUCGUUGAUAUUGUUCGUAUAUACGAUCGUCAUGUGGCUCCAUUUCUUCAUGAUCGUAGUCAGGCAACCCAGCAUAACCUGGAGUUUGCAAAUCAGCGAAUCUAUAGAUGGCGAUUCAGAAUUACAAAGCGGAAAAUGUGUCGCGUUGGCGAAGAUGGUAUGUUUGAUAUGAUAAUAUACCAUGCGUUGGCGGUCUCUUUUGGUCUUGAGAUCCGGAUGCAGGGUCAUCUCCACGGACACUCGAAUCAAUAUACCACAGCUUCAUGGCCUCAUGGAGUUUCUACAGAGCAUGACGCUUCGCUACCACUAGCUCUCCAAGCGCCAUUACGUCUUAUGACUCUUCUUGGUCCUCAUAUUGUACCAGAGAAACUCUCCCCUUCAUGCUUACUUGAUUUGGAACUGGCAGCUGCACCUUUGUGUGAUACCGUGCGCCACAGUGCAGGUCAGCCAGAAUACAGAUCCAGAGUUUCAUUCUGGGCAGAGUUCUUCAAAAAGUCUGGGGAGUCCUGGCCCAGGUCUAAGGCGCUGUCUGCUGCUUUCAUGGUGGCACUGGGGGGAGGUGGCCAUGGGCAUGGGCAUAUGGAGCUUUCUCAGACUAUGCCGCCAGUCGCUGAUACAGUUACUUCCACAACCGAGGGAAAUUCUCUCUGGAUCAUGUCGCCCACAAUAGAGCAUAUGGGUGGUUGGUCAGGACUGCCAUCACACUUGCUGCGAUAUGAGUUGGAGACAGUUCGGGAGGGAGGUCCAACUCAAGUUCCUGGCGGAGACAUGAUAGCAUCGGAUAUGACAGCUGGGGCAGGGAGUUCCAUUUCGAAUACUUACAUCGAAGCAGGAUAUGGAGGAGACAACUCGAUAAGAGGUUCUGUUCCUGUAAAAGUCGAGAGGAUGUGA